CAAUUUCGAGGCUGCUUCCAUUCAUUAGAAUCGCUUGGUUCCAAGAGGUGCAAAGUGUUACUCCAAUGACCAUAAAUUCUGAAUUUGUAGGAAAGUACUAGGUUAACUUGUGUGGGAAACAUCGAAGUGUUCCGGGGUCUUCAAAGAAGUUUGCGAAGUAUGAGCCUCAGACUAGAUGGAUGAAUUUUACGUCGUAGCACCAGAGAGAUCAGUAUAUCGAUUUUUCAAGGCUCAUUUUCAUCGCAUUCAAAUAUCAAACUGACUUUCAAUUAUUCAAUGAAAAUUUCUCAACAUUAUGCCGUUUGUGAGUUUUGUUUGAAUCCAUGUUAUCAUAAGUGAGUAUUGAAAGGAACUCAAGCAGUGGAAAAUAAAUGUCAGUGCGAAAAACCAGUGCUAAUACCAAUCGCAAACGUAUGCAUAAAAAAGUGAAUAAUAUGAACAUGCUGUUAUUGGCCGUGUGCAGUUUUAUCAUGGUGGUAUCGACGGUGCGGACUGAGCAUGACUAUUUCCCAGGGCUGCGAAGGACCAAACCAAGUCAAGUAGGAAACUCAGCAUGGGUUGCUAAUGAUGGACGAGAAGCACCAGAGUUUCUAAAAACUAUUAAUGAACUGAUUGAAGAACAAGCUCGCCGCCGUUUCUUGGAACAUCUACAACGAUUCCAAUUGAAUAGAAACAUUUUACAAAGACCUGAAUUGGAGGAAAAUGUUCGACCUGCAUUCACCUAUCAACUGCCACUGAAAAAUGACGCUGAUCUAAAUAAACCUAUCGAAUUUGCAGUUGAUCCAAGUGAUCCACGAUUUUACGACCAAAUGUUCAGUACUGACUCGGAAGGUGGAAACAAUGUUGAGCUAGAAAACAUUCACGGUAGAGAGACCAUUGAUCCUCAUGCAAAUCUUCCACCUUCGCCUCAAGUUAUUAAGCCUAAACAUCCAAUCUAUCCAGUGAACAAACAUCAAAUUGUGGACAACAAAUUAAGAUAUAAAGAACAGCGCAUAGAGGAAAAUUUGUUGCCGCAGAGAGUUAAUGGGGUCGUUCAACGACCCGUGGAGAUGGACGGAGCUAUGGCAAUGUAUAUUGUGGCACUUAUAGGCGGUAUCAGUGCUGCUGUUACAGUUGGCUUGAUUUCAGUUGGGAUUGGUUGGUAUACAUUACACAAAAAGGCGAAAGCAGCUGCCGAUGUCGACUAUCCAGCCUAUGGUGUAACUGGCCCAAAUAAGGAUGCAUCUCCAACAGGUGAUAGAAAACUGGCUCAGAGUGCCCAGAUGUAUCAUUAUCAACAUCAGAAACAGCAAAUAAUCGCAAUGGAAAACCAUAACAACUUAGAUAAAAAUGGUUCACACUCCGACCCUGAAAGUGAGGAUGAUAACGAAGAAGGAGAUUAUACUGUGUACGAAUGUCCUGGAUUAGCUCCGACAGGAGAAAUGGAAGUUAAGAAUCCCAUGUUCUUAGAUGACACAACACUGACACCCAAAGGUGUGCAGCCUCAUACGGCAGGGAUACAACCAAAAGUACCACCUGGCACUAAGCAAUCAUCGGACAGCAGACAUACACCGGAGUGAAUAUAAGAAAAUUUAGAGUGAAUACAGAGAAAAUAACGAAUUAUCUUCCAAAUGUAAACAAAUUAUUUUGAAGACUAUAAAAUUAUAGGUGUAUUGGUUGUGGUUGGAGACGUAAUAUGCAA